AUGCCUUCCACGAACGGUAGUAGCAGCACCACCUGCCUCUAUGAAAUCUUGGGAAUAGAUCGUGGGGCAAGUGAAACGGACAUCAAGAAGGCUUAUCGCCGCCUAGCUCUCAAGUGGCAUCCCGACAAGAAUUGUGAGACGAAUAAAGAGGAGGCGGAGAGGCGUUUUAAAGAGAUAAGCGCUGCCUACGAAAUACUUUCCGAUGCAGAAAAGCGUCGAAUCUACGACAAGUAUGGACUUGAUGGUCUGCGUGGUACUAUCUCUCGUCCGGAAACAACACCUCGCUCUGCCGCGCGUUCCUCUGCGCAUCGCUCUGCCUUCUCCUUCCUUGACAAUGACGAUUUCUUCAACUUUGUUUUUCGUGAUCCAGAGGAGAUAUUCCGCGAAUUUUUCUCUGAACACAUCAAUUUGAUGAAUAGCUUCAUGGAGCCAUUCACCAUGAAUACGGCUAAUGUUCGUCGGGCCGAGUCGAGUCGCACAGGAACUAAUUCAACCAUGCGUUACUCACACCCCGUGCGUCGAGCUAACACGCACAUACCUGAUCGAAACGGGCCUCAUGUCUUCUCCUUCAUGUCCACUUCUGGAAGCAUGAUAACGCCUAAAGAUGGCCUUUCACAGAGCUUUGCUUUCUUUUCCUCUUCUCCCAACGUCGCUGCCGCCGCCCAUCAGGGUGGGUCGAAAUUCGCCUUUGGUGGCGGGAGUGGUAAUGUACCCAUUAAGGGCACUUUUCGGUCUACCUCCACAAAAUUCCUUGGCGGAAAAUGCGUUACCACACGCCGUGUCAUUCAGGACGGUGUGGAGACUGUUACAGUGGAGGAGGAUGGAGUUGUCAAAUCAAAGACAGUAAAUGGACAGCGGGUGGCCAUAUUAAGCGCGUGA